AUGAAGUUUCGCUCCCUCAUCACGGCUGCUGCCAUGGGUGGCACGGUUGUGUCUGCCGGCGCCGAGUCAGCCAGCGCAAAGAUGGAGGAAAUGAUGGAGAUCAAGACUCAGCAAUGGGACAAGGCCGAGGCCGAGGGUCUUUUUGGAGGCUCCAAAUUGUACAAAAAGAUCACGUCCUUCCAGCCUUGCGUCAAGGGAAAGUCCGGGCCUUACCAGUGCAAGAAUGUCAACCUCCAUGGCUUCUUGAGUCAUGAGGAUCUUGGCUCCGCCACUCUUCGCGGCAAUGAUGUCUGGGGUUGGACUUCAGAUAAUGGGCGGGAGUUUGGCAUUGUCGGUCAGACUGAUGGUGUUGGCUUUGUUGAAAUCACCAAGACUGGCCGCCUCGAGUAUCUUGGUCGCCUCGACACCCAAACCACCGCGACUAGCUGGAGAGACAUCAAAGUCAUCGGUCACCACGCCUACAUUGGGGCCGAGUCCGAGGGCCACGGUCUUCAAAUCUUCGACCUGAAGAAGCUACUGCAGGUCAAAACGGGCAGAAACCCCAGGUGGAAGCCGAAGACUUUCGACAAGGAGAAGGAUCUGACGGCCCUUUACACCGGCUUUGGUGCGUCUCACAACAUCGUCGCUCAUGAGGCCACCAACAUGAUUUACGCUGUUGGUGGCCGAAGCGGUGCCAAUGCCCGUAAUACUACAUGUGCUGGUGGCAUGUUCAUGGUCGAUGUUUCUGACCCUGCCAAUCCCGUCUCGCCUGGUUGCGUUCCUCAGGAUGGAUAUGUACACGACGCCCAAUGUGUCAUUUACAAGGGUCCCACAGAGAAGUACCGUGGCCAGGAGAUUUGCUUCAACUACAACGAGGAUACUCUCACCAUCAUGGACCUGACCGACAAGUCCAACCCCACUGUCAUUUCUUCCACCCCCUACGUCGGCAACGAAUACACUCACCAGGGCUGGCUGAUUGAUGACACCAUGUCUUUUCUUCUCCUGGACGAUGAACUCGAUGAGAGGAACGCCGUUGGUCCAGGUGCGAAUGGCCACACAACUACCUACAUUUUCAACGUCACCAACUUGGAGCUGCCCGUCAACACUGGUUUCUACCAAUCCCCUGCAAGGUCGAUUGACCACAAUCAAUAUGUGGUCCGUGGUCUCACGUAUCAGUCUAACUAUGGCUCGGGUCUCCGCAUUGUUGAUGUUUCUGGUGUUGAGGCUGACCCUACGGGCGGAAACUUCAAGGAAGUUGGGUUCUUCGACUGCCACCCAGAGGACGACGAUAUUAAUGGCGAGGUCGCAUUUCUCGGUUCUUGGAGUGUCUUCCCUUACUUCAAGUCCGGCUACAUUCUACUCAACUCGAUUGAGCGAGGAAUUUUCUCGCUCAAGUAUACCGGUCGCAAAGCAAAGUACUGA